CUAUUGGAAAGCCCUGGGAAAGGAGCUCCAGGCGGGUACCAGUCUCCCGGCGGCGAGGCAGGGGCGGGGCUAGUUGCUAAGAAGCGGCGUUUCCGCUAAUCAUCUGCCCUGCUCCCAGUGGGCGGGGCGCGGCUCGCAGCGUCUGUGGUUACCCGGGUGGCGGCUAAGGAGGAGGCAAAAAGCGUUUUGCUGCAUUUAAAUUAAGUGCUGCUCUUCGGCUUGUGUGUACAGCUGCAAGUGCACAUUCAAGUUUUUUAAAAAAUAUAUAUAUAAGGAGAGAAAAUGACUGCUGGUUCAGUGUGUGUCCCUCAGAUCAUACCGCUACGAGUGCCUCAGCCUGGAAAAGCUAACCAUGAAAUUGAUAACAAUACGCUUUUGGAAAUGAAAUCGGACACCCCAGAUGUCAACAUAUAUUAUACUCUGGAUGGCAGCAAACCUGAAUUUCUAAAGAGAGUUGGUUAUGGUGAAAAUAACACAUUUAAGUAUAUAAAACCUAUUACUCUGCCUGAUGGAAAAAUACAAGUUAAAGCUAUCGCUGUGUCAAAAGACUGCCGACAGAGUGGCAUUGUGACAAAGGUGUUUCAGGUAGACUAUGAACCACCAAAUAUAGUCUCUCCUGAAGACAAUGUUGAAAAUGUUCUCAAAGAUUCUUCAAAACAGGAAUUCAAAAAUGGAUUUGUUGGAUCAAAACUAAAGAAGAAAUAUAAGAACUCUGAAAAUCAACGCAGCUGGAAUGUUAACCUUAGGAAGUUUCCAGACCUCCAGGUAGGUGAAAGAACUGACCCUAAAACUUUGAAAGAUCUUCGCUUCUCAGAGAGUCCACUGGAAAUCCCAGCUUACGGUGAAGGAUCAGGUUCUAGACCACCCACCCGUCAGUCCCAGUCCCCCAAUUUUGCACACAUAAGUGGCCAGAAGUGUUUGACAAGCACGGAGAUAAUGAGAAUUCAAAGGGAGACAGACUUUCUCAAGUGUGCCCACUGCCUUGCCCCCCGCCCAUCAGAUCCGUUUGCUCGCUUCUGUCAAGAAUGUGGCUCUCCUGUCCCACCCAUAUUUGGCUGUCGUCUCCCACCCCCGGAAGGAGCUCAGAUGGGCUUAUGUGCAGAAUGCAGAAACUUGGUACCCAUGAACACUCCUAUCUGCGUGGUGUGUGAGGCCCCUCUUGCCCUACAGCUGCAGCCACAGGCAAGCCUCCAUUUGAAGGAGAAGGUAAUUUGCCGGGCCUGUGGUACAGGAAAUCCUGCUCACCUGAGAUACUGUGUCACCUGUGAGGGGGCCCUGCCUUCAUCACAAGAGUCGCUGUGCAGUGGGGAUAAAGCCCCUCCUCCGCCCACUCAGAAAGCGGGGACCAUUUCCUGCUCCAGAUGUGGUCGCUGGAAUCUCUGGGAGGCGUCCUUCUGCGGCUGGUGUGGCGCCAUGCUUGGCAUUCCUGCUGGCUGCUCUGUUUGCCCUAAAUGUGGGGCCAGCAAUCACCUGUCUGCCCGAUUCUGUGGCUCCUGUGGUAUUUGUGUGAAGUCCUGGGUGAGGCUCAGCAUGGACAGAGGCCUGGCUCUAGCUGCUGAGGAACCUUGCCCUUUUUCUGAGCCCCAACGUGCCUGGCAGUCUCUGAAUAUUCCUUUGCCCAGAUCCGAUGCUGGGACAAAGAGGGACGUAGGCACACAGACUGUUGGCCUGUUCUACCCAUCCAGCAAGCUGCUAGCAAAAAAGGAACUGGAAAUAGUCUCUCAAAAGCAGAGGCAGGAGAAAAUGAGUGACCACAAACCCCUCCUCACAGCCAUCAGCCCAGGAAGAGGGUACUGGAGAAGACAGCUGGAUCACAUCUCUGCUCACCUCAGGUGUUAUGCUCAGAACAACCCUGAAUUCCGGGCCUUGAUUGCAGAACCCAGGAUGGGAAAGCUUAUCUCUGCUACUGUCCACGAAGAUGGUUGUGAAGUUAGCAUCAGACUGAAUUAUAUUCAAGUCUCAAACAAGAACCUUUACCUGAACAAGGCGGUGAAUUUCAGCAGUGCUGCUGAGGGUGAUGGGGGGCUGUGCGGCAGCAGGUCCAGCUGGGUGAGUGACUACAGCCAGACCACCUCAGAUACUAUUGAAAAAAUCAAAAGGAUAAGGAAUUUCAAGACCAAAACCUCUCAAGAAAAGAAGGAGCAGCUUGUACCUGAAAACAGACUCCUGCUGAAGGAAGUUGGACCCGCAGGGGAAGGAAGAGUCUCUGUGAUUGAACAGCUGCUGGAUGAAGGAGCAGACCCCAACUGUUGUGAUGAAGACGAUCGACCCGUCAUAACCGUGGCUGUUAUGAAUAAGCACCAUGAAGCGAUUCCGGUUCUCGUGCAGAGAGGAGCAGACAUCGACCAGCAGUGGGGGCUGCUCAGAAAUACAGCUCUUCAUGAAGCAACUCUGCUUGGUCUUGCAGGAAGAGAGAGCAUCGCCACUUUACUAGGAUGCAAUGCAAGCAUCCGAAAGAAGAAUGCAAGAGGCCAGACAGCAUACGACCUGGCUCUGAACACUGGAGAUGACCUCAUCACCUCACUCUUUGCUGCCAAGUUUGGCCAAGGGCUCAAGGACCAACUCGCCCAGACUAGGAGCCUCAGCCUGGAUGACUGUUAGACCUGAGACCUCCACGGGGCUUCAUUUAAGAAUAUGUACAGCUCUGGCUAUUCUUCAAUCAUGUCUUUCUGAAAUGUGUAUUUGAGAUUAGAAAUUGAGGUUGAGAGGAACUCACGAGAUUAUUAUUAUUUUUAAUCAUAUGACAGUAUAAGCCAUCAGUACUAAAUGGACAGCUCCCCGUAUACUGUGGACUGUGAUAAAAUGAAUGUAUGUUUUUAAUGGUUUAUUGCUGCAGUUUUUCUUUGUAUUUGAUUUUUAGUUUUUAACUUAUUUUUCAGUAGAUAAUAAUUGCAUAUGGUUCAAAGCUAAAAGGUAUGAAGUAUUAUGUAGGGAUGUGUCCCUCUCAUCCUGUCCCACAGCCACUACUUCCCUCCUCAGUCACCAGUGACACCAGUGUUGACUUCUCUUUCCAGAGGUCAUACAGAGUUAGAUAUGCACAUACAUGUGGUAUAAGCACAUGUACAUAAAACUACACAUGGAAUCUAAACAUGUGUGUAGCACAUAUAUAUUCUUUAGCCUCUGUUAAAACAAAUGGUACCAAACCAACCACACACUGUUCUUCAUCUUCUUUUUGCUUGAUACAUCUUGUAGGUGCUUCUAAUUAGUAUGUAAAGAUUUAUCUUAUUUAAAUUUUUUAUAUGUGGAAAUCAUCAAUAUUCCCAUCAUUAUGGUUUGUUUUUUGGUUGACACAUCAGCUCUCAAUAAACCACUUGCAGGAAUGUGUAA